CUAUAUUGUAAUAAAAUGAUUCUGUAAUUAUUAGUAAAUAUUUUAUAUUAAUAGUGUCUUAGUAUAUAUUAAAUGGGUAUAAAGUUAAUAUAAUGUGGUAUAAUUUAAAAAAAAAUUGAACAAAGGCUUAAUAUACAGAGCAUUCUUGCUAUUUUUUAAGUAAAAAGUCUAGUUCAAUUUAUAUGCGUAUUUACAGUGGUGAUGUAGAUAUUUUUUUAAUCUAGUCAAGCAUUGAAAGAUGUAGAAAUGAUUUAAUUAAAAUAAUUCUAUUAUAUUUUUACGCAAAAGGGAAGUUAAUUUGCAAAGUGCUAUUUUCCUAAAUUCCGAUGCAUUUCUGGAUCGACAAACGCAGCCAGUGCGCUUAUAGCGGUCGCCACCGCGUACCGUCCUCAUUAUCAGCCGGCGUGGGGCGGUCGCGAGGGCGCGUGUGCGCGGCGGCGGGCCGCAAGGGCAUGGCGGCGCCCGUGCACCGCUUCGCUCCCGUGGACUGCGCGCCGCGCCGCCCCAGACCGCUACGACACUAUGGGCCACCACCGAUGCCCGCUGUACACUCGAGUAGGCGUCAAAAUGAAGAGUCAAGUCUGUACGUGGAAAUUCCUCCGGAACCGCCUCAGCCCACUAUCGCGAGUCUCGCAGCAGCCCGCAGCGUGACGCCGGACACAUUGCUGCGGACCGCGGCGCUGGGACUCCACCACUCGCCUAUGAUGGCUCCUCAUUUAAAGUUCGGGAUGCUGGUUUCUUUUGCGUUAGCGACCGUGUUUCUCGCUGGAGCGAAGUAUUAUUUCGAUCGGCAGCUGAUGCGCGGCAACGGCGGCGGCGCGGAGAGCAGCGGCGAGGCGGGCGUGGUGUGCGCGGCCGUGGCGUGCGUGUGCGGCGUGGGCUGCGCGCUGUCGCUGUGCCGCGCGCGCCGCCCGCCGCCCGCGCCGCCCGCGCCGCCCGAGCGCGUGUCGUCCACGGCGCGCCGCCCGCUGCCGCGCACGCCCACGCGAGAGGUGACCCUGAACGAACCAGAGGACAUAUCGCUGAUGACGCUGUCGCGGCCGGAGCGCGCGACGGCCCCGGGCGGCGCCGACGCGCGCGGCGCUGGCGCCGGUCCGGGCGCGGAGGCCCCGCCCCCCUACCACAUCGCGGUGCUGCUGCCGGCCCGCGCGCCCUCGCCGCCGCCGCCAGCCUACUCGGCGCUCAGCUAGCCCACACCCUGCCCCGCGCCGGAGCUCAUCAUAUAGUGGCCGCGGCUGGGGCGCUCACGUUCGUGUCGUGAUACAUCAGAAUGUGUUCGUUUGUGGUAACACCCCUAUGGGUUAUUUGUGAAGUGAUUGAAAUGAUCUCAGAUGUGUGGAAUUGUAUGUUGAAGACAUAAGAAAAACAAUACAAGAUGUCGUCGUGCGAUCCUCUUAAGUAUACAUCUGAUGCGGAUUUAGUGGAAUGUUAAUAAUAUUAUUUCGGUGCGUUGCGUUAUGAUAAAAUAUAUUUUUAUUAAUUCAAAACAUUCCACCUUCUUUGGCUUCGGGUAAACUAAUUUCGCGAUAAUUAUGACUAAUAAUCUAAAGUAAUUGUUAGACAAACUAGACUAAUUUAUAUUUACGUGUGUCGUGUACAGACCAACGUAAUAAAAUUUUAAUUGGUGUGCCAUAUUUAUCUCUUAGAUUAAUAGUAAAUAAAAAAAAAAUGUCGGCCUAAUUUUAAAUUAUCAACUUUAAUAAAUUUUUAACAUGCAAUACAC